AUGUCAACAAAAACAAAAUUAAAUUUAAAAAAUGAAAGAAUAACCAACAACAAAUCUUCUUCAUUAUUUAAACAAAUAUAUUGGGUAAUUCCCCCUUUCCUAGCCUUUUUAAUUUUUGCCCUUUUAUUGUUAGCUUUAUUAACAGCAAUUAUUGGAUUAAUUUUACCAACAUUUUUAAUUAAAAAAGAAAUUAUAGAAAAUAAUUUUGAAGAAAAUUUAAAUGAAAAUUGUUUAAAUAAUUCGUCUUUUUUGUGGUUAAUUAAUGCAACCUGGCUAAAUUCUCCUUCAUUUUUAUUUGGAACAAUACAUGUUCCUUAUAAUAAAAUAUGGGAAGAUAAUAAAAGUAAGGAGGGGAAGGAAGGGAUAAAGAUAAAAUAAAUAAAGAUAAAAUCCCUCUCCCUUUUUUAAU